AUGGCAAACAAGGGAACGUCGUUGUGGCGCAUGGCAGGUGUGUCGUAUCUGCAGUACGUAAACAAAUCUGCUAGUGUGCUUCGAGCAUCCCUGAAGGAGCCUGCUAAAAGCACGUUGGAGGCUCGAUCCAACGUCGAAUUUGCCGCCUUUAAAUGGGUUAACGGCGAGCGUGGCGAGCGCGUGGACAUUGACUCAAUCAAGAAGAUUGCAGAUACGUUCAAGAUGGCGAGACGAAGAGGAUUUAAUCAUGGUAUUGUCUUACUACUAGGCUUAUCGGUAACUAACAUAGGCGUUAUACGCAUCAACGAGACGGAAGAAUGA